AUGUUCCCUACGAUCCACACCCACACCUCGGAAUCAGCUUCCAUUUUCCUCCUUUUAUUCUCUACCUACAGGUCCUUUUCUUUUGGAAUCCUCCCCUCUCUCUCUCUCUCUCUAUCUCUCUCUCUAUCUCUAUCUCUCUCUCUUUCUUUCUCUUCCUCUCUCUCUAUCUCUCUCUCUCUUUCUCUUCCUCUCUCUCUAUCUCUCUCUCUCUUUCUCUUCCUCUCUCUCUAUCUCUCUCGCUUUCUCUUUCUUCCUCUCACUUUCACUCUCUUUCACUCUUUCUAUCUCUUUCCUUCUUUCUCUCUCCUUCUCUCUCUUUCGCUCUCUCUUUCUAUCUCUUUCCUUCUCUCUCCUUCUCUCUCUUUCUCUCUCUUCCUCUCUUUCUCUCUCUUUCACUCUCUUUCUAUCUCUUUCCUUCUCUCUCCUUCUCUCUCUUCCUCUCUUUAUCUCUCUUUCUAUCUCUUUCUUUCUUUCUUUCUUUCUCUCUCCUUCUCACACUUUCUCUCUCUUCCUCAGUGUCUUUCUCUCUUACACUCUCUCUUUCUAUCUCUUUCUUUCUCUCUCUCCUUCUCUCUCCCUUUCUCUCUCUUCCUCUCUUCAUCUCGCUCUCUUUUUCUCACUCCCUCUAUCUUUCUCUGUUUCUCUGUUUCUCUGUUUCUCUCUCUUCCUCUCUUUCUCUCUCAUUUUUUCUCACUCUCUUUCUCUCUUUUCCUCUUUUUCUCUCUCUUUUUUCUUUCUUUCUUUCUUUCUUUCUGUCUUUCUCUCCCUCUCUCUUUCGUUCUUUUUCUUUCUUUGUUUCCUUCUUUUUCGCUUUUUGAUUUCUGUUCUGUUCUUUUCUCCCUUCUUUUUCUCUUGUCUGUCCCUCUGUCUUUCUGUUUCUGUCUCUACAUUUCUCCAUUUCUCACUCUCUUUCUCUCUCUCUCUCUCUCUCUCUCUCUGCCCCAUUCAUUGUCUCCUUUUUUUUCUUUAUUUGUAACUCGCUUUCGCUUUAUCUCUGUCCGUAUCUAUCUAUAA